UUCGCUUGGGAGAGAAUAAUAAUGUUUACACCUUGCUAUUAAUUUGUCCGUGUGCGUUAGUAAUUCCAAAAGUGGUACAUAUUGGUGUGGUGUUAUGAUACAGUAUCGGGGACAUCGCUGUCAACGAACUAGACGUUAGGAUCCACCAUCUUUGGCAGCGGAAGUAUCGGCGGAUGUCCCGGCGAUGGAUAAUCCAUCGUACUUCGCGUUCCCGGACAAAGACGUCACUGACAAUGCUGCCCCAAACACUGGAGCUGAACAGUUCUCCCGUUCCGCUCCUGCCAGGGCUUGGGCGGACGGAGGUCGACCCUUGAGCUCCCCUCGAAGGAGAGAACCAGAAAGCCCUAGAAGAAAAGAGUUUCGAGCCCUUUUGAGGUCUCUGUCAGCUAAGGAACCUGAUCAGGCUGAGGCGUUUCUCAAAGGUCAGCCGCGACCAGGCGAUUGUGCACCUGGUGAUAUGAGAGCAACGUUCACUGCGCCACGGAUUAAGAAAGGCAAAAUAAGCGCAAAAGUUCUGACCUCGGACGGUUCUAAAGAGCACGAGGAGAUAUUCUACACCAUACCCUUACAAGGGCGGCGAAGACACUCAGUCGGAGGGUACUUGGCCACAGGAUCAGCGGGUACGGGAGAAGUCACCAGUGUACCGAGCGAAGUCCCGAAAAUGCCACCGCCGAGGAUCAAUCAAACUGAAGAUGAGACUGUCAAAAGAAGACGACCAAAGCAUUUUGCAUUUAAAGAAAUGGAAGACAUAGCUAUUUUGUGGAGUUCUGCGUCCCCUGAAAGCGGGCUAUGGUCUGAUUAUCUUGUGGCUAGCUUUGAUAAGAUCAUGUCUCAACGGGCCAGACAUCACUAUAGAGUUACACCAAUAACUGCUGAAGAAUUGAUGUCUGCAGACUCCCAAGAGAAAUUAGAUAAACUUUGCAAAGCUCAAUUACAAAUAGUGAUACUAUGCCCUAGCCUCGCAACCAAAAUGACGGAAUUAAAGAAAGACCUAAAUUCUGAGAAUUUAUUCAAAGUCGAUAAAGUGUUAGUCAUGCUUCUUGGCGUGGAAAAGAAUCACGUUGUUGCUAAUAAUUGUGAAGAUUAUCCCUCAAUAGAUCAAUGGCAGAUGAUGUAUGUCCGAGAAAAAGACACAUCGUUCGUGGACACGUUUUUGACCGCUGCCGUUGGUAUUCUACGAACUAAAGACUGCAAAGACACUGCCACUGACCGCACGAGCUUCUCCAUUGUGCCGAAAAAAGUGAAAAUUGGUCAAAGUCGAGUGAUAGCGCUUCUCAACGAUCCAAUUAGGGAAGAAGACAGUAUAAAAAUAAUGGUUGACAAAAAAGGAGAGGUCAUUCACAUUCCUUCGUUCAAAAAAAGGAAUCCAUACACAUUGCAAUUUGAUAUACCAGAAUCAUGUCUGGAAGUUUCGAUGUUAGUUUGGGUGCGAGUUAGCAAGAACGGCCAGUCGUUGGGGAGGAGGCAAAUCAAAUGCGAGAGUCGAUUGAGGGAAUUGGAUCAACUAUUGAGAGCUUCCGAUCAUCCUUUAGAAUUUAUGUGCCAGACAUUAGGAUUUAAGACAACUAGUAAAGAACAGUUAGACAGUUGGAUGUUGAACGCUUUCCAGAAAAAUAUUCCUCCACACUUUAACUUGCUCUCAUCCACAGAGCAGUACAACCCGAAAGCGGACAUGUCAAGCGGCGAGGAGUACCCCACUCUGCUGCACUGGGCGGCGCGGUUCGGUCUGGAGCGCGUAUGCUGGCAACUGCUAGAGUGUCCAGGUGGCGGCGCAGCCGUGGCCCUUCGCAACGUACGCCAGCGCGCGCCCGCAGACUUGGCACGCGACCACAAGCAUCACCGACUCGCUGACAUGCUGGCCGACCAUCUUAAAAUAAAUGAGUUCUCAAACAUGUACUACUACUUAAAAAAUAUGUCCGACAACGACAAAGAAGACGACCAAGAAGAUGACAGUCAUCAAGAAGAACUUUGCAUAGUUGAAACUACUGACACCGUCGACUCUCCAAAUAUUGAACAUAUCAAGGACUCGGAAAGCGAAGUCUUAACUGAUCCAUUCAGCGAAGCCUGCACUCAGAAUUUGGAAGAAACUCUAGCCAAGAAAGAGGAGAAAAAACAGAGACCCAAUUUAAAAUUGCCGAAAGUAAAAGAACAAUUUUACCAAAACGACUUUGCAUUACAUGCGCACCUCGACAACGCGGUUGAUAGAAUCCAACAAGCUAUCGAACACGAUUAUCUUGUGCAACCUUCGAAUAUAAAAGUAGAAAGCCCAAAAUUCCGCCCAAAUAAUUUAUACGCUAACAGUUCAAGACUAUUACCGCAUCAGGCGGACAUAUUCCUUUAUUCCCCCACCGAAGAGUCAAAGACUUUUAAUAUUGACACUCCCACAAGUGAUAUUAGUCAAGUUAAUUUAAAUACCAAAGACAUCCGCCAUAGCGGUAGCAUUAAGUCUGGUAAAGAUGCGACGGGACAAGAAGAAUUAGCUGAAAUCAUUAACGACUUCAAAAACAACGUUUUUACUAUUUCUGAAGUCGAAAAAUUGGUAAUGGAGUGGAGAAAUAGAAAUGAGACACAGCAGUCACUCAAAGAGAAACAGGAGCAAUUGAAUAAGAUGCGCGAUGAGUAUGACAAGAUCCAGCAGAAAAUAAAGGAUAACCUGAAAAGGCCUACACCCUUCGAAAGGGUGAAGAAAAUGUUUUCUAAGAGCAAAAACAAACAUCAUGAUAGCACAAACACGAUUGAAAAAAGAAACGGAAACACAAGGCCAAACAGUAGUUUGAGUGACAGUUCCUCGUCAUCGGGCCGGUUGAGUACUGUUAGCGGCGGCAGUGUCGGGGAAACUAAUAGUGUCCAAUCCGAAUUAGACGACAAAGCUAGAUCCAUAAUAUCCGCGAGCACUUUGACAAUGAAUUCGUGCGACAGCGACAAUCGCCUUGACGACUACUUGAUUCCGCCGCCGCCGCGACCCCUCAACGGAUGUCCUCAAUUUACCACAUUUGGACAUCCGAAACACGAAAAUAGAUCUCAACACAUGGCGACGAUAGUUGAAAGAGAAGCUUCAGCCUCGAGAGAAAGAUUGGACUGCGAUUCCGACACGAACUCAACACACCUGCGAUUGAACUUCGUUCCACGCGACAGAUCUGUCGCGAGCCGCUGCGACGAUCGCGACGGUGCGCACAUGUAUAUGAAUAUUUCCGCUACGCACACAUAGACCAAAAAAUGCCACAGCUUAGAUCAAUUUAAGGUUUCAAAACACGUAGGAUUUAAUUAGUUAGUGCCAAUUUCACGAAAAUACUUUUUAAGGAAAUUUUAUGUCAUAGUAAGUAACAAACAGAAUUGGGUGGAAGAUAACAGAACAAACGAAUAUUGUUUCAAUUCAAAGAAUCUAUUGUUCAUAGUUUCCUCUCAACUGUUUCACUGCCUUUGUUGAAUGGUUCCGCGUAAUUUGUUUGAAAUUGUUAUUAUCCGUAGACGAAUUAAAUGGUUGACAAUAUUAUGACGACAACAAACCAUAUUUAGUCUACCUAUUAAUAUGGAUAAGCAGUGUUAUUGUUUGCAUGUUUAAUUACAAGUUAGCGGUAUUGGAUAAUUCGAUUCACCGAUAAUUUACCGAAGUCUAGUCUUAUAAAAUAUUCAUUUUUUUUAUAUUAAUACAAUAUACAACUUCCAAGUAACAAAAUGUUACAUACAGAGAUGGUUCAAGCCAAACAAAAUUAAAAAUAACAUUCGAAUAAUUGUGAAGACUGAAAAUCAUUCUCUAAAUCAACAAUUAUGUAAAUAUUUGUACAUAUUUUUUACAUUUAGGCAAUUUUGUAAGCAUUUCUAUUUAUUUUUACACAACUUGUUUAUUAUUAAAGUUAUAUCGUAAUAAUAAUGUUUAAUUUUCAUUACGAAAAGCAAAUAUGUUUGUAAGUUCUAUACAUUUUUACAUUUUAAAAAACUAUAACGAUAUAGAUAUAUAUGAAAUAAAACCAACAUUUUGAAAGAAUUUGUUAUAUAUUAACAUCCCGAAAUGCAUUUACAAUACAGUAUACAUAAUAUAAUAAAAAAAAUGUAAAAAAUCAAAUGUUUUUCUUUAUUACCUACCCUCUACAUCGAGUGCGGCAGUAAACUAUGAGAUCGAGA